AUGCGAUCAUUGCUUCUUCUAGUUACUGUUGUGGUUGCCACGGUCAGUUCGGUCGCCGUCGAUCCACGGACGAUCGAUUGGACACUGGUGAGGACGCUCCAGCAAACCGAUGCUGUCCGCGCAAAGCAAGGACUACUUCCGCUCACUGAUGAGGAUGUUCGGUCCUCUCGCGUUGCCGAUGGCCAGAUGGCAUCUGCGACGCAGUUCCCGUGGGCGGCUGGUGUUCUGAUAUCCGGCUCAUCAUCUCACAGUUUCUGCAGUGGGGUGUUGAUCUCACGACGACAUGUGCUCACGGCCGCGGUGUGCAUUUCUGGAUCGAACACCCUCACCGUCCUUCUGGGAGCAUCUGACAUGACACGUGUGGAGGAAUUCAUCGGGGUCACGAACAUUCUGUCCCAUCCGAACUACAGCUCUUUCUUCAAUCGGGACGAUAUCGCCAUCCUGACCCUCGCUCAUGAGGCACCGGUCCGGGACACCAUUCGCCCAGUUGAUCUGCCGCGAUGGAGUGACGUUGGAAACUCGUUCAACGACUGGGCUGCAACUACCGCCGGCUGGGGCAACUUGGGUCGUCGCGAAAAUGAGCCCAUUCCAAUUCAAAAUCUACACUUUGCCAUCGACUCGGUGUCGACCAAUUUUAGAUGCGGUCUGUCGCAUACUUUCAUUCGCGAUACGCAUAUCUGCACCUUCACGGACAAUGGAGGCGCGUGUAAUGGUGACGAAGGUGGUCCAGUUACUGUGACCGAGAGUGGUCGUACAUUCCUCGUUGGCAUCCAUUCGUUCCACUUUUCCGGUCUAUUUGGGUGCGAUCGUGGACGUCCUUCGGUCCACACCCGAAUCACCGAGUACCUAGGAUGGAUUCAGCAGAAUUCCGAUGCUAUUGUUAAUUGA